UGCAAAGCCUACUCAUGUAUCAAACGACCGGGACUUUCAAUGAAGGGAAGGGGUAUGCGGAAAAGGCAAUAGCCAGACUGACAAACCUAGAAGAAUUAUGGCUUGACGGUCUUCCUAAUGCUACAUUUGGGGAGGUGUUUCGAAACCUGACCAGCCUCAAAACACUCAAAAUAUCAGGGGUGAAAGUCGACCCAUCAUGGAUAUUGAAUGAGUUUUGUUGUAUCGGUAUUAUUAGAAAGAACUCUCUAACUAAUCUCAUCAAUGUGAAGAGACUGACUAUCUCUAAAUGUGGAUUGAAAACGAUUCAUCCCGAUGCCUUUUCGAGCUUUACAUCCAGACUGGAACUGUUGGAUUUUUCAUACCAUACCGAACUCGGUAUAAGUAAUAUUACAACCAGUCUUAAAAGCUUGAAAAUUGGGUUGGAUGAGCUCAUUACUGACAAUGUGGAAAAUGCGGAUUCCCUUGGCUGCGACAUUCAACUAUCAGACGAAAUGGCGAGAAAUGUGGCUCACUUGAAUCUAAAGCAUUUAUCAAUGCGACGGAACAAAAUCAAAGCUGUAAACGAAAAAGUGUUUGAAAUACUACCAUCUAUUGAAAGUGCAGAUUUAACUUUUAACAAAUUUGACCUGGGGUAUUACAUAUUCUUCGUGCAUAAAUUAAAUUUUUUGAAACGCCUUGAUAUAUCAUUCAAUUUUUUCGAUUGGAAUUUGAACUUUUGGAACCACAUAGUUGGAGAAGCACAUGCAUUUGGUGACAACGAGAAGACCAAAUACAAACAGUACAUACAUGACAUGUUCUUCCGUACCGAGAGAAGAAUAACGAGAGGUUUGGACCCCGUUCAUAAGACUCACAAUGUACUCAACAAAAGAGAUCGUUGCCCAAAAACUUCAUAUCACAUUCCACCGGCUGCAUUUACCGGGUUUUUACCACCAGAAAUGGAAGAAAUAGACAUAAGUUUUAGCAAAUUCGCAUUACCCCUCUAUGAGUUUAAUGUUCACAAGAACAACAGUCUUAAAACUGUCAGGGCGGCAGGGUGCAUGUUAUACUGUUGGGAAGGACCUAUUCAUGGCAUGGAAGUCAUUGAAAAUAUCGACUUGAGCUUCAACUUUUGUGAUCAUGUAGAAGCUGAUUUCUUUUCGGAAUUUAAAACCGUAAAGAACUUGAAUUUAUCAAAUAAUUUCAUUUCCCGCUCAAUUGCAUUGAAACCUCAGCUUUUUGAAUACAAUCAUGAACUAGAAGUACUUGACCUUUCAAACAAUAGGAUAUCUCUUAUCGAACCCGAUUUGUUUAAAAAUCAAAGAAAAUUGAAGUAUUUGAGUGUUUGCAACAAUAACAUGAUGGCUUUUAACUUGAAUAUCUCCCAUCUAACACGACUUAAGUACUUAGGCCUCAGUGGAAAUCACUUUCUAACAUUAUCAGAGACCUUGUGGAAAAAUUAUCUUCCUCAUAUCAUUAACCAACGUGAAAACGGACAACUAAUAAUAGAUCUUAGAGAUAACCCGAUUGAGUGUAAGUGUGAAAAUCUAGACUUUCUGAAAUGGAUUCAUUCUAAUAUGGAAAACGGUUCAAAAUUGUAUGUGCGUGUGUCGUCUUGUAUUUAUAAAGGCAUGCACAAUGUUAACAUUUCUGAGAAAACCCAGUUGAACACUCAGAUAGAAUAUCUCGAAAAGGUUUGCGCAUCAUACACACACCUCAUAAUUAUUCUGAGUGUGGUUAUUGCUAUUGCUGUGAAUAUUAUUGUUGCUGGAAUAGUACAUAGAUACAGAUGGAGAAUUCGAUAUUGGUUCUAUGUUAGCUCGAAUAAAUCGGGAGCGAAAAACGGUUAUACUUCGCUUGAUCAACGCAAUCCGUUCAUGUUCGGAUACAAGUAUCAUGUUUACGUCGCAUCGUCUGAAGAAGACAAGGAGUUUGUAAUUGAAGAUCUGGCCCCAAAACUUCGCGAAAAGGGCUGCAAACUGUUUCUGCAAGUCGAUGAUAUCCUUCCUGGGCAGAGCGCGUGUAAUGUGAUCGGAAACGCACUUCACGUCAGUCGAACGCUGCUUUGUGUAGUCUCAAGAAAUAGCUGUCUGAGAACAGACGAGUGGAAGGUCCUGGUUCACAUGGCACACGAAGAAAUGCACCAACGGGACAAACGAAUGUGCUUGACCAUGGUUUUUGAUACACACAAUUGGUCUCUUUCCUUGCCAAGGUCAUUAAACGAACUGUGCGCGUCGGAGGUGAUCGACUAUCCUGAGAAUGAAGACGACCAACCGGCAUUAUGGAAUGACGUGAAGGCAAAGCUUGAUGAGAUUGACAACACACCCGUGUUCAUGUAAAGAUAACAUUUUUUGGAUGAGUAUUACUUCUCAUGUGUAUCUAAAGCAAUCACUUACGUUGUAAAUAUUGGUCUGCUGUUAAAAAGUUUUACUUGCUUGGUCAAAUGUAGCCAAAAUGUAUACUGUCUAGCCAAAUAGAUUUAAAAGUGCAAAGUUAAAAUAUCAGGUGAACAACGUAUCCAAGUUUUAUACAAUAAACUGCUGAUAAAUGGCCGUUUUUCAUUCCAUUUCGCUAUUUAAAAUGUGUUUGCUUUGUUUUCGAUAUAAACGCCAAUAGGUAAAUGAAAUAAAAAUUGAAAAUAAAUGAAUAAAAGUGAUUUAUAAGUAAUUUAAUAUUACACUAUGAAUGAAACAUUUUUGUACGUCGGUGUGACAAGAUAAAAAGUAUGUCGUUAAUUUGUUCAUGCUAAUAACGGCUGUACCCAUUUUUUCCUUGAUGCUUGCUUAUGAACUAAUGUAUGCAUUAAUGUGUAAAGAGCGGUGUAUUCAAAUGUCCAUAUUAUCAUAGAGUGUUGUAGAGGGGUCUUGACUGCACAAAUCCCAUACAUGCGUUGUCCAGAUUAUGAAUGGUACAUGUAUAGCAACAAUUUUCAGAUCCUUAUGAGCCUUUGAAUGUAUCUAAAAUAGCAAAUAGUCUAGCUUUAGUUGUAUAGGGAAAGAUGGGUAAAUUGAACAUUUCCAAAAUAAUAAUCAGUUCGAUUAAAGUUUUAAGUUUAAGCUUAGGUUCCUUUUAAUUGUAUUGAAUUGUUCCGUCACGAAAUACAGUAGUAUACGCAUCAAUCUUUACCGCAUGUAAGAUUAAUGUUAUUGGCUCCUGUUAAUUGAUGCGUUUAUAAUGCACAGGGAAAGUAUUUCCCUUUUGUCAGUAUUUUUUGUCCAAGCACAAAUUAUUUUAUAAAGACUAUAUGAAUAGGGUUUGGAAAGAUAUAUAUGAAGGACAGAAGUUUGGUACAUACCAUAUGGGGGAAAUUUUGCCAUUCAGGUAAUGAUCAGAAUCGUUUGGAGUCUUGAACGAAUUUAUGAAAAGUUUCAACUAUUUUGGAGUUGUUCUUGUUGUUUAGGGUUGGAUCGCCAUUGAGAAUGAAAGCACUGUUCAUUUCAGUAAAAAUAUACAUAUUGCGAAUGAAAAUUUGUCGUAUAAAAAGGGCUAUGCAUAAAAAGUGAGUACUCUUAAUUUCAACUUCACCACAACCGCAAAGAGGAGAGUUCAUAAUGUUUUUACAAUAAAGGUGAUAGCUAAGACCACUGCAACUAGUACGCAGUCGAGAGUGAAGUACUUCCAAUCGGCGGUUUCCGUAAAAUAGCUAAGCAGGCAAACUGACAAUCGACUACGAGAGAAUACUGUAAGGAUGUAAUAAAAUAAAAAAUCAUUCCAUGAACGUAUAGUUGAAGGGAAGAAUUAAAGAGGAAAAGUAAGAAUCAGUGUGUGACAUAACUCUUAUCUAGUUACAUAUAUGUAUUCUGUUAUAAUUGAUUUGCAUUGUAACAUGUAUUAUGGGCUGGAGGCCUUUUAUUGAAUACAAUUUCGUUCGUUAAAAAAUAGACCACGUUUAGUUGUGGGUUUAUAACUGAGAGCUAAACAUGUCAAAUUUGUAUCCAAUGCAUCAAAAACUAAGCUUAAGUGAGACUCUUAUUCAAAAUCAAUACAUACACAUGUAUAACAAACAUCAAUUUUGACUGAUAAACCUUUAACUUCUUACUAAAUAAUGCAUUUAUGAAAAAUAUUAAUUGCUGAUAACAAGAUUGUAACCGUGUAUUUGAUAGCAGAAAGCGCAAAAAAUAAAUGAUUUGUGAAUACUAAAAUAUUUACUGUGGGCUACUAUAGUUCCACACGGUAGAAAUAUGCUAAUUUCUUUCAAAUUAAACUCGGUAUUGUAAUAUGUUGUACCCCCUUUAUAUUUUAACAAUUGUCCGGAUAUCCGAAUUUACUUACAGUUACAUUCUGUUGUCUUGUCGCUGUUUUGCCAUUUCUUUUAUGAUUAUUCCAUAAGUCUUGUAGUAAAUGAAUAUGUUGAUAAUUACAAUUUCAAUUCAGAUAUAAAUUCCAUAAGUAUAUCUUGAAUCUUGAAUCGAAGCUGUAUAAUCCGUUUAUAAAUUUGAAGUACACACGACUGUCACAAAUAUGUCCGCCAUUUUAACUGUUGUGUUACAGCGCAGUAUUAUUUAUUAGAUAUUUAUUCAUUGGAGUAAACUUUUCCUGUAUGAAUUGUAAAAAUUGUUUUAAGCAUAAUUUUGUUAUUGAUGUUUUAUAUAAAUGUGCUCAUGUUACAGAUUACAAUUACAAUGCUGCAAGCGCACUAUUUGGGUCGAUUGUUGCUAUGACACUAUUGCGCGGAUGAAUGAUAAUUUUAUUUCUGCAGCACUAAGAUAUUUGUUUAAUUAUAAUAAGUUUGUUUAAUUAAGUGUUCGAAUAAGAUGCAAUUUGUCAUUCUCGAUCGAUUGAUGUAUAUAUUAUUAUGAUUGUCUUGCAAGACUUUUCAUAUUUACUUGUUUUAUUGUACUCGAGCCUUGGCACCUUCUUCUCACCUGCAAAUGUGAGCUGCAGCCCUGCAGACCAAUCAAAAGCCUUGCAGCAUUGUUGCAGCAUCUUGCGGGUAUAUAAGAAGUGUCAAGUUCGAGCUUGGGACGGUUGACAUUUCUGAAACUUGAACUAUUUUCAACAUCUUGAAAACAAACAUGCGAGGUAUAUUCUUUUGAAACGUAAUAUAAUUAAAUUAACGCGCAUUUUUAAAGUAAAUGAACCUCUCAUAUUAUUUUAACUAAUUUAAGAAUAAAUAAUAAUUAUAAUUACAUUGAACUUAACUUUAUUAACUUAUUGAUCAACUCGUCAACUGUCCACCGAACAUGUCCGCCAUUGUAAGUAUUGACUUAGCUUUGUUGAAUUGAAAUUAACUUGA